UCUUUGUACACAAAGCACGUUCCAAAUACACACAUUCAUUCACUCAGUCCUUAGUGACUACUCCAAAUUAGACAAAACAUGCCAGUCACCAGCAGCUCCCAAAGCUUCAGCAGCUUCGUUAACGGUUGGCUGAUCCGCCACAGGUAUUUCGUCGAACAGCUCACGUGCGCUUCCUCCUUCGACGAAACCAACCAAGAGCAGCAACAAUCUCUCGUGACCCAGUUUCUAUCUCACUGUCUCCAAUACUACCAAGAGAAAUCCUCCGCCGUCUCCCUCGCCGGAGACAACGUUUUCACCUUCUUCUGCCCGCCGUGGUUCACCUCCUACGCCAGGCUCAUCCUCUGGGUCGGCGAUUUCAAGCCUUCUCUCGUCUUCAAACUCACGGACUCCACCGUCGACGACCUCACGCGCCACCAGCGAGACCGGCUCUCGAGCCUCCGGUUGGAGACGAGGAGGAGGGAGAGGGACGUGAUGAGAGAUUUCGCGCUGGUGCAGCAGAGCGUGGCGGAUCCGCCGGUGAUGCUCGCGGCGAGGCGAGUGGGGGCGAGGGGGAUGGUGGACGGGGAGGAGUCGGAUUUGGAGGAGGCGAUGGAGGUGCUUAGGAGAGGGAUGGCGAGGGCGAUGAACAGCGCGGAUGAGCUGAGGUGUUCGACGGUGGGGAAAGUGGUGGAGAUUCUUACUUCGUCGCAGGCGGUUAAGGUGUUGAGGACGAUCGGUGAGCUUCAUCUUCGGUUGAGGGAGUUAGUGGGUUUGGAGAGAGACCACCAAUGAGCUUCUUCCUUUCUUUUUCAGAUACAACGAUGAGUUUGCUCUGCUUCUUCCCUGAUAUUUCAUUUGGGUCUGUUUCGGAUUUUAAAAAACAUUCACUGCUUUUUAUCUUACAAGUUUUUGAAGUGAUGUUAUAUGUUUGGCUUUGUUUUUUCUUU